CAGCUUUGCACAACUACACUGGAACGGCAUUAUGAGGAGAAGAUCAAACGUUGGAAUGCCGAGCUAGAUAUGCUCCUGGUGUUUGUGCGUCUCCCCACAUACCGGUUACUGUUAGCGGGUCUAUUCUCGACCGCUCUUACCGCAUUCAUCGUGCAGUCAUAUCCCCUCCUGCAACCAGCAGACACAGACACGAUCAUCUUCGCCCUCGCUCAGAUGUCGAGCCAACUUGACAGCUACACCGUCUCCGCGUCGUUCGUGAACUCCACCGUACGCACUCUAUUCCGUGCAACAGACGGCGAUACCGGAUUCAAGGCCCCGUUAUACGCCAUUUGGGUCAACGGUCUAUGGUUCUCCUCCCUCAUCUGUACGCUCUCAGCAUCCUCCAUUGCUGUCCUAGUCAAACAAUGGCUUCACCAGUACGGCCAGAGUCUCUCUGGCACGACGCAAGAGGCCUCACUUCUCCGCCAGUAUCGCCACGAGAGUAUGUUGAGAUGGCACGUGUCUAGCAUCAUCGCCGUCCUUCCCAUCCUCCUUCAAACUGCGUUGGCUCUAUUUCUGGGGGGUCUGCUCAUUCUCCUCUGGAACCUCCACCGUUCUGUUGCCAUCGUGGCCACUGUCCUCGUCUCCAUCUUAUUGUCUUUCACCGUCGCGACGACCCUCCUUCCGAUCAUCUACACGGACUGUUGCUUCCAGUCACCACAGGCGCUGUCGCUCUUCAUCUUCACUCAGACUGUCGCCCAUCUUGCAUGGAAGCUCGCCCAAGCCGUAGAGCAGUGGACCCGUAAC